ACUGUUUCUACAAAUACACUCAGCUCAACAGUAGUAGGUUCGGUGAGUGCCAGCCCCAGAAAGGCUCUCCUCCUCCCGCCUUCCUCACUCUCACAUCAUCUCCGUCCAUCUCUGCCUUGUUUUCUUGCUCGUGCUGUUUUCAGAGCUGCUUUGAUGUUUUCUUUUGUCAGUCUAUGAAGCGAAAAAGCGUCAUUCUUACCCCCUUGUCCGUGUCGGAUAUAACCUCUUACUCUGCCUUCUACCGGGUCCGGGUUUCCUAUGCAUCUUCUCCCCGUGACUGAGGGGAGCAGGGACUCGGUUCUCCCCUCUUCAUCCCACUUCCUAACGCCGGGAUAAUGUUCUAUUUCCAGCUGGUGAUCAUGGCUGGGACGGUGCUGCUGGCUUACUACUUCGAGUACACGGACACCUUCCCCGUCCACAUCCAGGGCUUCUUCUGCUACGACAAGAGCUUCUCUAAGCCCUACCCCGGUCCGGACGACGCCAGCAAAAUCCCGCCGGUGCUCAUCUAUUCGCUCGUGACAGCCGUCCCUACGGUCACGAUCCUUGUUGGGGAACUUUGUGCGUUCUUUACCAAGACAGAGGGAACCCAGGAAAAGACCAUAGUCACCGCAGACUGCUGCUACUUCAACCCCCUGCUCAGGCGCAUCGUACGCUUCUUAGGAGUAUACGCCUUCGGCUUGUUCACCACUGCCAUUUUCGCCAACGCCGGCCAGGUGGUGACAGGAAACCAGACGCCUCAUUUCCUGUCCGCCUGCCGACCAAACUACACAGCGUUGGGCUGCCAGUCGACCAUGCAGUACAUCACCGAGCGCCGCGCCUGCACGGGCAACCCGCUGAUUGUCAUGUCUGCGCGUAAAUCCUUCCCGUCUAAGGACGCAGCGCUCAGCGUGUACUCUGCCUUGUACACUGUGAUGUAUGUGACAUUGGUGUUUAAAACCAAAGGCACCCGGCUCACCAAGCCCACCAUCAGCCUCACUCUGCUGUGCCUGGCCGUGCUGGUGGGAGUGGUGAGGGUCGCUGAGUACCGCAACCACUGGGCCGACGUGCUGGCUGGAUUCUUCACCGGUGGCGCCAUCGCUGUGUUCUUGGUAACUUGUGUCAUUAACAACUUCCAACAGUUUCAGCCAAGCCCGCCUCCGCUGCGACCCCAACGUCCUGAAUCCAUGCUGGGCAUGCCCAUGGUGACACUGCCUUGUGUGGAAAGUCCACUUGAAAAGUUAAGUGGCCCUCAGACUCCGCGGGACUCUCCGUUCACAGAGAUCACAUGACCAUCAGCCCUAUCGGUUCCCCGCCACCCCCGAUGUCCUCGUACCGUCUCGCUCCAUUUCCAGCGAAGUCUAGACCAGCCGGAGCAGCAGCACUCGCCACACUGCGCGGCCCACGGGUCGGGUCGGAGCACCAUGCUGCAUCGCUCCUAUUCCACGCAGGUCUAGACCCAGCGGACAUUAACCCCUCCCCCUCCACGCCCCAUAGACUUCCUUAAAUGCCGGGGAACCGAUAGGCAAACUAUUUCAGACUUCUUUCUUCUUAAAAUACUGUGAACAAUCAGCAGAGAGUCACCCAUCUCUCUUGAGUGAUUCAUUUUUACGUUCUUUUGUAUCGAAUCAGUCGCAAUGGAUUUCUCCGGCUUUGACUUAAGAGAGUUUUGUACCGCUAAGUUCACACCUGUGGAACAGGAGGCGGGAUCUGACAACCAGAACUGGGGGGAUGACCUCCGCCACAUUGGACCAAAGACACUCGCUGCAGGCAAUGUGUCAAACUCUGUUAAAAACACCUAUUUACCAAGCCACACACUCAAAAUAAUCACUAGCUGCGUUUCCAUUAACCACAUAAUUGCUCAAUUUGACAUUUCUGAAAAACUAAUUUUUCGAUGAAAGCGGCGCUACAUGCUAGUGAAUCAUGGGGUAUACUUAGAUUUGUCCAUGACUAUGUUAGCAAUCAAAUGAAUUUUAUUUCUUCAUAACAGUAUACCGCAAAUGUUUUUGAUUUUAAAGUCCCAUUUUAGGUUCUUAAUUGUUUAACAGCUUAAUACGUGUUGGUAUUUCAUCACUAUAACUUUUAAUAUCGUCAUCGCCUAAAGUCAUAUUUAGGCCAAAUUGAGAUAUCUGCGUAAUAGCGACCUCUUUACCCUGCUAACGUCAAAAUACAUUUGCUUAAUGGAAACAUGCUAAUUUUAAAAAAACUCGUUUUUCAAAAUGUUUUGGCACUAAAAUGAGGUGUUUUUUUUUGUGUGGAUAUUUUAAAACUAGUUUAAUUCGCAAAACUGCAAAAUACUUUUUUUCGUAUCGUUCAAGUCAUGAUCAACAGGAUGUCAUCAUUGGCUCAAACCAUGACGAAGACAACGGGAAGCAGUUGGAACUGAAACAUUGCAAGUGCAAUUUUGCUUGACAUUAGCGGAACAUUUGCAACGUUUUGUGUACGUUUGCAAUGGAAACGCAGCUGUAAGCACACAUGUUUUUUUUGUUUUUUUGUCUUCCUGCUCAUCUUAUCGAACACGCUUCUGACAUUUGGGUGGUCGCUCUGUACUGCAUGUGGUCCACCUCGAGCAAAUCACACUCGGCAGAAACAACCAACCAAAGUAGACAGGAGAAAAAAGCACAGAACCUUUCAGACGCUUGUCUUCUUUAGAGCUUUUUUUCCACCCUGAGACGGGUGAAAUUUUACCAAAUUCUAAUGGAAAAAGUAUCAGAGUUCUGACUGCAGCCAAAUUCAUGUUUUUUGUUGUUGUUGUUGUUGUUGUUCCUACAUGCUCUCUGAGAUUCUUGUUUGGUCGUUGUUCCGCUGGAUUUGGAACAUCGUUUUCCCAGGAAAAAAACAACAAAAAAAACAACCUUUUUUUCUCUUUU